CCCGCCGCUUCCUCUUCUCCCCCGAUCUAUUUUGCCACUCGAAGCUCCUUCCAGAUCUCGAUCUCGCCCAAAGCUCGGGUGCCCCCUCCUGCUUGCUCUCAUGGCGUGAGGGGUGAAAGGUAUGGGCACGGCUGGUCCCGGCUGUGGCCCUGUGGAUCUGCUCCGACGGCCGGAUUUGGGGGCCCCUCUGCCUGCCUACUUCCCCUGUGGCUCCCAGAUCUUGUUGCGGUCUUGACGACCUGUUCCACCGUCGCUCCUCGCUGGCAAGCUGCGUCGAUGGCCCUCUGUGCCUCAGCUUGCGGCCCUCCCCUCCCCUUCCCCGACCUAUUCCGCGGAUCUUUGGGCGCUGGCGGUCGUGCAGCGAGAGCGCCGCACUCGGUGUGCGGGGAGGCGAUUCGCCUCCGCACGAACGCUGGAUUCGGGGCCAUUGCCGUGGAACGAGAGUGCCGUGCCCGGCGCGCAGGGAGGUGCUUCACCUUCGCACGGUCUCGGCGGCUUCUGUUGUGCCUCGCUUAUUGCGGGCGACCAUGAUCAGCCACAGGCGCUGGCCACCGCUCUCACCCAGGCUAGUGAUUCAGCCACAGUAGUUCAACCCGUCAAUCGUCUGGAGUCCCGCCUUGGAGCAAGAAUUGCUCGGCCCCAUUAUGCUUCUGUUCCAUUGUUGUGGCUGUUUUGUUUCCUUGGGUGUGUGCUCGUGCUGCGAUUUGUAAUUAUCCUGAUCACCGUACUCGUUAUCGAGGACGGUCGCCUGAUCUUGUAAUCUCACUUUGAAGAAAUGAAUGUUCAGACCAUCCAAGCCCGGGAAGAUCACAACCGAUCCAGUUAAAGGUAAACGCAUGGGGAAACUGAGAACUAAUUGACGCCAAUUUCGAAAAUGAUGGAAGAGGCAGACGCAAGAAACAGCUAGCACCGUGUCCACGACCAAGCAUUUACCAAAGAGCAGGCUACCAAAUACGCUCAUAGUAACAAUCUGGCCCGCCUUGUGCCAGGCAUGCCAAUUGCCAAGGGGAAAAAAAUUCGAUGCCAAGAGUGUUACUUACAUUGAUUUGAUUACGUGAAAUCAAGUCCCAGCUGUCGCAGUAACUAUCACUGCUGUUACAAAACCACAAGCAGCCAAGCACAUUGUCACAAAUCCUCUGCAGAAUCCGCCCAUGUUUCAACGACUCGUAGCUAUCCACCAAAGCGGCUCCUGCAAAACCAAGGCCAGGCGGAAACAUCACCUCCAAAGCUGCAACACAGACAAAACACCACGCUUUUGGCCGUGUUCGGCCACGGCCAACGCAACAUCGCAGGCUCAGAAACCUCCUUGUUCGCAGCGAAAGCGACGGCGCACGAAUGCAUCAUAUCUAUAAAAAUCCAUGCACACGAAGCAGCUGCAGCGCGAGCCAAGCACAAGCAUGCAUCGCCAGCAGCAGCAGCAGCACGAGGUGACGGGCGGCCGGAGAGCCGGCCGGGAGACGGCCAACGGCGGCCACAGUGCGGCCGCUGCCGAUAUGCCGGCCGGUGGUCACCGCACUGAACGGGCCGAGAGGCCAGGUGCCGGCCACCGCGUUGAGCGGGCCGAGACGUAUGCCACCCACGCGGCGGAGCGAGCGGGCGAUGCUCGGAGGGGCGCUGCGGCGGCCGAGAUGCCGGCGCGGCGGACGGAGCGGAAGAAGAGCCUGGAGAGCUUCCUCGACGCCCCAGAUAAUGCGCGAGGGGGGCAGCACCAGCACAAGCACCGCGGCGGUGGUGGCGGUGGUGGCGGCCACGUCCCAGUGCGGCCGGUGCCGGCCCCGGGGGAGAAGGUGAUGAACUUCCCCGGGCAGGGGCUGGAGUUCAAGGAGCUGUCUUACAGCGUCAUCAAGAAGCAGAAGAAGGACGGCGUCAAGGUCAAGAAGGAGGUGUACCUGCUCAACGACAUCUCCGGCCAGGCGCUCCGGGGGCAGGUCACGGCGAUCCUCGGCCCCAGCGGCGCCGGCAAGUCGACGUUCCUCGACGCGCUCGCAGGGAGGAUCGCCAAAGGGAGCCUCGAGGGCUCCGUCAGCAUCGACGGACGUUCUGUGACCACGAGCUACAUGAAGCAGAUUUCAUCCUACGUGAUGCAAGAUGACCAGCUGUUUCCGAUGCUCACGGUGCUGGAGACUCUGAGGUUCGCGGCCGAGGUCCGGCUACCUCCCUCCCUCUCGAGGGCCGAGAAGCUGAAGCGGGUGUGGGAGCUCAUUGAGCAGCUGGGUUUGCAGACAACAGCUCACACAUACAUUGGGGAUGAAGGGAUACGAGGCGUCUCUGGUGGGGAACGCCGCAGGGUGUCAAUUGGCAUAGACAUAAUCCAUAAACCAUCCCUGCUGUUUCUCGACGAACCGACCUCUGGUCUUGACUCCACCAGUGCACACAGCGUGGUGGAGAAAGUGAAGGAGAUUGCAAAAGGGGGCAUUGUGCUGAUGACAAUUCAUCAACCAUCUUUCAGGAUUCAGAUGCUUCUUGACAGAAUUGUCAUCCUCGCAAGAGGAAGGUUGAUCUAUCUAGGCAGUCCAAUAACACUUCCCACAUACCUUGCUGGAUUUGGCCGACCAGUACCUGAUGGAGAGAACAGCAUUGAGUAUCUCCUGGAUGUCAUCAAGGAAUACGAUGAAUCAACACUAGGACUUGAGCCUUUGGUUUCCUACCAGAGGGAUGGCAGCAAACCCAAUGAAGCUGCUAAAACUCCAAUACCAAAGACACCAAGAACACCAUAUCAGAAAUCAGUGCAGUUCCGACAAAUCCAGCUCAAAAGCAACCAGUUUUCUGUCACAACUGCAACACCUCAUGCUCAUCCCUUCUCAAACUUCGAAUCGUACAAUAUUGAUGAGGAGGAGGAAAAUUUUGACAACUCUCUUGAGAGGAAGUCACAGACUCCAUUGCAUACUGGAACCUCAACCUACCAUCCAAGACUAGCUUCACAGUUCUACAAGGAUUUCUCAGUUUGGGUUUAUCAUGGUGUCACAGGGACACCACACCGUAAGCCUACAUGGACGCCAGCUCGAACACCAGCAAGGACCCCAAUGUCAAGCUACCAACGCAGCCGCGUGGCUACUCCGCACCAUCAACCUCCUCCAUCUCCACAUGAACCAGUUUUCAAGCCAGAGGAGCCAACCUAUCAUGAGUACCAGCUUGAUCUUGAACCACUAGAUGCCCCAGAGGAUGGUCCUAAGUUUGCGAAUCCAUGGCUCAGGGAAGUCGCUGUACUUUCAUGCCGUACUGCACUAAAUGUAGUGCGCACACCAGAGCUAUUCCUCUCCCGGGAGAUUGUUCUAACUGUCAUGGCACUCAUCCUUUCAACACUCUUCCACCGCCUUAGUGAUGCAAACUUUACAACCAUCAAUCGCCUCCUCAACUUCUACAUUUUUGCAGUCUGCCUUGUCUUCUUCUCAUCCAACGAUGCUGUUCCCACAUUUAUCCAAGAGCGCUUCAUUUUCAUCCGUGAGAGGUCCCAUAAUGCAUACCGUGCUUCAUCUUAUGUGAUAUCCUCCCUUAUUGUCUAUCUCCCAUUCUUUGCUAUCCAGGGCUUCACCUUUGCAGUCAUCACAAAAUUCAUGCUCCAUUUACAAAGCAAUCUGGUGAAUUUCUGGAUCAUACUUUUUGCUUCCCUCAUAACAACCAAUGCAUAUGUGAUGUUGGUCAGUGCACUUGUUCCAAGCUACAUCACUGGAUAUGCGGUCGUUAUUGCGACAACUGCGCUCUUCUUCCUCACUUGUGGAUUCUUCCUGAAGCGGACAAACAUCCCUAUUGCCUGGCGGUGGCUCCAUUAUAUCUCUGCGAUAAAGUAUCCAUUUGAGGCAUUGCUUGUGAAUGAGUUCAAAGGAAGCCGUUGCUAUGUUGGCACACAAAAUGAGCUUUCACCUGGACCUCUGGGACAAAUCAAGCCAAGUGACCUUCAUAUCAGCCUGAAUUUGAACUUAACGACAUGUCCCCUGAUAGGCCAGGAUGUGCUCUCCACCAUGGACAUAACAAUUGAUAACAUCUGGAUAGAUGUUGCAAUUCUACUUGCCUGGGGUGUGCUCUAUAGACUUUUCUUCUAUGUAGUCCUGAGAUUCUACUCCAAGAAUGAGAGGAAGUAAGCAAAGUUUUAGCACAGAUGUAUGCAUAGCAAUUUAUGCCAUAUCUGUUUGCAACAAGCAGGUUCUGUUCCUAGAAACUUAAUUUAUUUUAUAGAAAAUUUGUAUCCAGAAAUAUUGAUUGAAAUGAAAGAAAGAUUUAUUUAUGUUCUAUAUAAUUAAAGCUUAAAGCACUUGUCAAGAAUGAUGGCCAGACCAUUUACUUCAGAUCCUAUUCCAUACUAUUUUCAUCCUAAUUAUUUCCUAAAACAAUUAGCUAUAUGCUAGUAUAACACUCAAAAGCUCAGAUUUUCUUGGCUUGAUCUAUAGAGAUAUUUGUUCUUACUGCAAGACUGAAAAGUUCAUCUUGUGCUUAUGGGCCAUUGCAUGAUUUUAUUGUGGUAAUCCAUGCAGACCAUGGGACUACCGAAGGCACCAGAAAUCAUUAGAGAUGUGUAGCCUAACCAACCUAUGGUUG